UAAAAGAGAGGAAAAAGGUGACCUAUGGCUCAUUUCAGUGCUUAGGCUCUGACCACUCUUUAUUGCGUCUUUAUUCUUAGCCAACACAAGACCUUUCCUCUUCCAGCUGAGGUGCUGACCUUGCCUCUAUCACUGACGGUAAGAGAAAAUCUGAAAAACAGAUUGGAAAUCUGACUUCCAAUCAAGAAUUCCUCUCCAGGACCACAGUUGGGGAUUUAUGCCUAUACUUAUGGCUACAGGAAACCGGACAGAAAUAAGUGAAUUUAUCCCCAUGAGCUUCUCUUCCCUGCCUGCUGAAAUACAGUCAUUGCUCUUUCUGACAUUUCUAACCAUCUACCUGGUCACUCUGAUGGGAAAGAGCCUCAUUAUUCUGGUUACCCUAGCCGACCCCAUGCUACACAGCCCCAUGUACUUCUUCCUCAGAAACUUAUCUUUCCUGGAGAUUGGCUUCAACCUAGUCAUUGUGGCCAAAAUGCUGGGGACCCUGCUUGCCCAGGACACAACCAUCUCCUUCCUUGGCUGUGCCACUCAGAUGUAUUUCUUUUUCUUCUUUGGGGUGGCUGAAUGCUUCCUCCUGGCUACCAUGGCAUAUGACCGCUAUGUGGACAUCUGAAGUCCCUUGCACUACCCAGUCAUCAUGAACCAAAGCACAUGGGCCAAACUGGCUGCUGCUUCCUGGUUCCCAGGCUUUCCUGUAGCUACUGUGCAGACCACGUGGCUCUUCAGCUUUCCAUUCUGUGGCACCAACAAGGUGAACCACUUCUUCUGUGACAGCCCACCUGUGCUGAAGCUGGUCUGUGUAGACACAGCGUUUGAGAUCUACGCCAUCACUGGAACCAUUCUGGUGGUCAUGAUCCCCUGCUUGCUGAUCUUGUGUUCCUACACUCUCAUUGCUGCUGCCAUCCUCAAGAUCCCAUUAGCUAAAGGGAAGCAUAAAGCCUUCUCUACGUGAUCCUCACAUCUCCUUGUUGUCUCUCUUUUCUAUAUAUCAUUAAACCUCACAUAUUUUUAGCCUAAAUCAAAUAAUUCUCCUGAAAGCAAAAAGCUGCUAUCAUUGUCCUACACUGUUGUGACUCCCAUGUUGAACCCCAUUAUCUACAGCCUGAGAAAUAACGAGGUGAAGAAUGCCUUCAGCAGGAUGGUCUGCAAGACCCUAGCCCUCAGAAACUGUAUCCCAUAG